AUGACCACCACAAAAGACAACUCCGGACUCGCCGCGCUCUUUGCCAACUCCAGUGGUCCUCGUCAGAAGCCUCAGCGCGCUGGCAAGGUCGACCCGGUGCGUGACCAGCAAGAGGAUAAGAUGGAAGUAGAGGAUGAAGAGGAGGAUGAAGAGGAGGACGAAGAGGACGAAGAGGAGGAUGAGGAGGAUGAGGAGGAUGAGGAGGAGAAGGAGGAGGACGACGACGACGACGACGACGAAGAGGAGAUCGAAGAGCCUGUUAUCAAGAAGAGCAAGAAGAACAAAAAGUCCAAGGAGGAGUCGGCCGACUUGGAGGAUCAGUACAUGGCCAAGUUGGCCGAGGAGGUGGCCGAGGAGAAGCCCAUGGUCGCAGAGACCUCCGCGGAGGAAAUCAAAGUCGAUGAGCCCGAAUCCGAUUCUGAGGACGAACCCGAGCUGGACGUGGACGAAGAGACCAAGAAGAAGCUGGAGGCCACCAACAAGGAGCUGGACAAGGCCGACUACACCAUUUUUGUCGGCAACGUGUCGUCCGAGGUGAUCACCGACAAGACCGUGUACAACAACUUCAAGGCUCUGUUUGCGGCCAUUGGAACCGUGGCGUCUGUGCGGUUCCGGUCCAUCUCCUUCUCCAAGCUGCUUCCUCGAAAGGUGGCUUUCAUUUCCCAGCAGUUCCACUCCAAGCGAGACACGGUCAACGCUUACAUUGUGUUCAAGAACGUCAAGUCCGUCAAGGGCGCUCUGACGCUCAACGGCUCGGUUUUCAAGGGCUUCCACAUGCGAGUCGACUCCGUGGCCCAUCCCGGCGCCCAGGAUCACAAGCGGUGCGUGUUUGUGGGAGCUCUGGACUUUGAGGAGCAGGAGGAAUCCCUUUGGGAGGCCUUUUCGUCUUGCGGUGAUGUGGAGUACGUGCGAAUUGUGCGGGACCCCAAGACCAACGUUGGCAAGGGGUUUGCAUACGUGCAGUUCAAGGACGUCAACUCGGUUGAGCAGGCUCUGCUGCUCAACGGUAAGGGCAUCAACGAGCUCUCCAAGUCCACCACUAACAAGCGCAAGCUGCGUGUGUCGCGGGCCAAGAGCCAACACUCCCAGGAACGGGCCAAGCAGGCCGACAUGAAGAACAUUCGAAACGCAAAGACCGAAGGCCUGUCCCGAGACGAAAAGUCGCACUUUGGCCGGGCCCAGUCGCGGCUAGGCAAGGCCGGCAAGGCUCAGCUACAGUCCAUUGUACAGGAGGGUCUGCGGGCUAAGAAAGAGGACGGCAAGGUCAACCUGGCCCGAAGCAAGCGACGAGGAGUCAAGCCCAACAAGAACCGAGUCGAGAAGCCUGGCCAGUCCAGAGCCGAGAAGCGAAAGGCCAUGUUUGGAACCCCCACCAACGGCGCUCCCGGAGCUGGCGGCAAGAAGAAGCGUCUUACAACCCGAUCCCAGAAGUUCAAGCAGGAUGGAGGUGUCAAAAAGGACGGAGACGCCAAGAAGGAUGGCCCCAAGAAGGAGAGGGAUGGCUCCAAGAAGGGUUCCAAGAAGAACUAA